CUCCUUUCUGACACACACUCACACUCAUACACACACACACACACACACACACACACACACACACUCAGUAUCAGUAGCCUAUGUAGAACCACGUAGCACCAGCUUUGGAUUUUAACCACCAGCAGCAGCAGCGGCAGCAGAAGCAGCAGCAGCAGCAGCCGGAGCGGCUAUGGAUCUCUUUGAAUUCGACUUUUUCAGAGACUGGGAGCUGGAACAACCAUGUCAUCUGGAGUCGGAUCGCAGCGCCCUGAAGAGGAGGGAGUGGGAGAGGAGGAACCAGGAGGUCCAACAGGAUGAAGACCUGUUCUCAACUGGAUUCAACUUGUUUGGAGAACCAUAUAAAACUAAUAAAGGUGAUGCGUUGGCAAGCCGCGUCCAGAACACGCUGGGCUCCUAUGAAGAAAUGAAAGACCUGUUAACCAGCCAUUCUAACCAGAGCCACUUGGUGGGAAUCCCUAAAGGCAGCAACAACCUGCAGACCCCAACCACUUCAACAACAGAGAGACCCGCUAUGGAGUCCCAGCUUUUCAAUGAGGCCCUGAGAGGUGGAACAGGUGCAGGAGGAGGAGGAGGAGCAGAGGGAGGUGGGGACAAGAGAAUGGGAAAUGCAUCUUCCUCAUCGUCAACUUCGAUGCAACCUCCUGCUUCGACCACAUCAUCAUCAUGCACCACAACAAUCCCACAUCAGAAUUUGAAAAAGUCUCGAAGCUCCAUGGACUGGUCGAGGGCAGGCCACUCACAGAGUACCCAGGGAGCAGGCCUCGUUCUGGGGUCGGGACAGAAUGGGCAGGGGCAGGUCCCAGCAGCUACGAGUGGAAGAGGAAAAAUGACUUUAUUAGAGGAACAGCAAAUGCAAAGGCACGAAGACCUGUUUAGCUCCCUUAAAGAUGAACUUGGUCUAAAAGGGGAUUCAAGCCCUUCCUCCUCUUCUUCAUCCUCCUCUUCCUCUUCUUCUGGGAGAAGACACUCUUCCCACCUCUCCAAAACCCUUCCUCUCCCAGAUGGUGGCAAUUUUCGAUCUUCCACCAUGGACGGUGGCCAUUUUAAGUCUUCCACUAACACAGAAAAUGGUGGACAUUUUAAAUCCUCCCCGUUUGAAAAUGAGACAGGUUCUCACCUCUCUACAUCCUCCUCCCCGUUGGCUUCCACAUCAGUUCUGACGACACCCACUCCCGGUUUAACCACUCCCACAUCUGGACUGACUACCCCCACCUUCCCACCUGGUAGCCUAUCAGGGAAGCCGAUCGCAGUCCAGCAGAAGCCCACAGCCUAUGUUCGACCAAUGGAUGGCCAGGACCAGGCGCCUAGUGACUCUCCCCAGCUUAAACCCCCUCUAGUGGCCACCGAGGGAUUCAACAACAGUCAAGCUUACGGAGGAAACUCUGGGAAUGCGAAGAAUAAACUGCCAAAACUGAGUCUCAGCCACGCAGGGGAGGUCAGCCUACCAAAUGACUCCAGCUGUGUUGAAGAGAUUUUGCGGGAGAUGACCCAUUCCUGGCCUCCUCCUCUUACAGCCAUACACACUCCUGGGAAGGCUGAUCAGACCAAGUUCCCCAUCCCAAAUAAGGAGUCACAGCAUGUGACCUCAGGCUACAACACCCAGAAGCGAUGUACUGUAUCCGCUAACAAGCCUGCUGCGAAACCACCAACUGCACCACAGAAGUCAAUGCUGGAGGAUGACCUGAAGAUCAGCAGCGACGAGGAAGAGGCCGAACAGCAGGUGUCUGACAAGCCCAAAGCCAGAGGCACAGCCUUGAGCGGAGCAUCAGGGAGCAGCAGUGAAUCAGAGAGCAGCUCAGAGUCGGACACAGACGAAUCAGAGAGCAGCUCCAGUGACAGCGAGUAUAAUCAGGCCUCCCGCACACACACUCCAGAGCCUGAGCCACCCUCUGCCAACAAGUGGCAGCUGGACAGCUGGUUGAAUAAGGUCCAAGCUCAAACCAAACCCCUUGUUCCCCCACAGCAAGAGCAUGGCACAGGCUCCAUCACCCAGGGUCCAGGGACUUUCUCUCCAGGGAGUGAAGCACCAGGAGUGGGUACGGCUGCUAAGACCAAGCCCUGCGUAUCCAACAGCACCCCUGUCCCAGCUGCACCAACAGUGGAACACAAGGACACAAGGGGAGCCUUCUGCCCAGGCAGAGAGAAGGCCAAGGCCAAGCUCAGCCAGAAGGCCUCAGGGGAGAGCCAGAGGUCAAAGAUGAGGUUGUCACCAGGGCUGUUGUCAGGGCCAGAGGUCACGACCCCUAGGAGGAACACCACGGGGAAGAAACAGCCCAGACGGACAGAGAGGUCAAACAGUGUGGAGGAUAAUCAGAACCAGACAUGGAGCAGAACAAACCAGCAUAGCCCCGCAGCUAGGGAGAAGGACCUGUUGCCUCCCCCCUCCCUGGAGCUUCAGAACCCCCUGAGGCCACGAAGCAAACCCCCCAGUGGGAAAACAGCCCCCAGGAAAGAACCUCGCAGUGCUACCAACUCAAACAACAACACAGUUACUCCACCAGCAGCGCUACAGCAAGCCCCCGUGCCAAUCCCUGCUGUCAGUGUAAACCAGGACAAGAGAAAACACAGAGGUCCAAGCAACAAAAUCACACCUAAGUCCAGAGAAUUCAUCGAAACGGAUUCCUCUUCCUCCUCCUCUGAAUGCCAGUCAGAUUCAGAGGAAGCCAUCAAAAUCCCCACUCUGCCACCUCAGACAACACGCUCCGCUAUUAACACACAGACUCUGUCCAACACACACAUGCACACGCCUCUUCUCCCAUGCCUCAGCUCUGCUGGGAGUGUGGGGACAUUUGGAGGGAAGGGACUCCGAGUCAAAGAUGGUAGCAAUGUGACCACUAAUGGUAGCAGCAGUAGUAAUAGUAGCAUCAGCAGUGGUAGUAAUGGCAGCAGUAGUAGCUGUAACUCUCUAAGCAUUAGCAACAUAAGUGGUUCAUUCGGCACUUCUGUUCCUGAUCCCGGAGGGUUAGGAGGUCAGUGCAAAGACCCAGAGUCCCUCUCACCACCUUCCAGCAUGGGUCACGAGGUGGCUCUGUCCCCCUUGCGGGAAUACCAAGAGAUCCAAAGUUUGUGGGUGAAAAUUGACCUGAGUUUGCUCAGCAGGGUGCCUGGCCAAGGUUUGGGGGAAAGAUCCAGAGUGGCAGAAAGGGACGGAAGUGAAGGGAGAGACAGAGAGAGACAGGGGGAGAGAGAGAGGCUAGUGGUGGCUGAGAGAGAAAGACAGAAGCAGGCCGAGAGAGAUUGGCCAGGGCUGAGAGAUAGGCAGAAGUUACCUAAAGGGGAGAAACAGGAAGAGGAAAAUGAGCGAUUAGUGCAGGACAGAGAGAGACAAGGUGACAGGGACAGAUUAACAGAGAGAGAGAGGCAGAUGGACAGAGAGGACAGAGAGAGACUGGGGCUUGGGGAGAGGGAAAGGAUGACGGGGAGGGACAGAGAGAAGGUGUGCCAAGGUCUGGGGGUCCUGGACAACCCCACUGUGCAAGAGCAGAGUAAUCCCAGACUGGCAGGGAGGACGGAGAGAGGAGAGAGCGGAGGCAAACACAGGAGGCAAGCGGCUGGAAACAUGGUGGUCCCGACAGAGAAACACACCAGCAAGAGCAAGAGGAAACACAAGUCGGACCACAGUGAGUCAUCUGUCAAUGGCAAUAAGAAGGUGCGAUUGGACAAAGACUGUCAGCUCCUCCCACCCUGCAUCUCUCCAAUACACAACCACAAGAACAGCUCUACAGGUAGCUCUCUAAACAGGAAGCAGUCUCGACGGCGCGAUGACAAGCUGCUCCCUCCCCUCCUGUCCCCGCUCUCUGACGACCCCCCUCGUAAACGAACCUGCGACAGCAGUUCCUCUCUCAGCCAGGAGGGCAGCACUGCUGGGAGGCUGCCCUGCUCCACCUCUUCUACUUCCACUUCCUCCCACAGACACAGGAGAGGCGAAGGCAAGGUGUCAUCAAAUGCGAGAAAUGGCAGUGAAGUUGAUACCCACGUGGAGAAGCCCAGCGGAGACAGUUACCAUGCCAAUGGACAGUCGGACUCUGAGGUGUGGUCGGAGCCACAGGUGGAAGCUGCUGAACCUCGCAGGCCAAGGCUGUCGUUUAGCGACACAGUCCACAGUGCAGACUACUACAUGCAGGAGGCCAAGAGACUGAAGCACAAGGCUGAUGCUUUGAUGGACAAAUUUGGUAAAGCGGUGAACUACGCAGAUGGUGCCCUCUCUUUCAUAGAGUGUGGAAAUGCUAUGGAGCGAGAUCCACUAGAGGCCAAAUCACCAUAUACCAUGUACUCUGAGACCGUGGAGCUAAUCAGGUAUGCCAUGAGGUUGAAGAACUUCGCCAGCCAUUCAGCCACCAUCGCUGAGAAGAAACUAGCUGUGUUGUGUAACCGCUGUCUGUCUCUGCUGUAUCUGAGGAUGUUCCAUUUGAAGAAAGACCACGCUGUCAAGUACUCGAGGUCGCUCAUGGAGUACUUCAAGAAUUCAGCCAAGAGUUCCCACCAAGCACCCUCUCCCUGGAGGAUCAAUGGAAAGGUCAACGGGACUCCAUCUCCCCUCUCACUCAGCCCCUCCCCAGCCAGCAGCGGAGGUGGAGGAGCAGGAGGAGGCUCUGGAGGUGCCCCAGGCUCGUCAGGAAGUGUGGCUAUUCCCCAGCGGAUUCACCACAUGGCUGCCAGUCACGUUAACAUCACCAACAACAUCCUGCGGAGCUAUGAACAUUGGGAGACGGCUGACAGACUGGCCACUGAUAGCCAAGAGUUCUUCCAGGAGCUGGACUCGGUGAUGGAGCCGUUGAGUCAGCAGAGCAGCAUGACAGAGCUGGUGCGAUACAUCAGGCAGGGACUGCACUGGCUCCGCUUAGAGGCUCACCUGCUGUAAGGACUGGACCAGAGCCAAAAUUUGAGAAAAAAAAAAAAGAAAGAAAAGAAAAAAAGAGAUGGGCCUGGGAGCUAGAACUGGGAUAACAAGUGAGAUGAGACUCAUGACGAUGCUUCAGUUCCCACUGGGAUCCUUCAAAUGACCCGACACCACCCACAGUAAUGUAACAGCAUAGACUGGGUGGAUUAAUUGGGCUGAAAUUCACCUGCAAUUAGGACUGAACAGUAAUUAAGUUUGGGAACUUCAACUGUGACGCACAGAAUACAAAUUAGCACAUUAAACAUUUGGCUGAUGCUGCUUUUUGGAGCAACUGUAUAUUGGUGCAGGUAGCUUAGACUCCUGAAGGGACUAUAGGUGUUAGAAACCUCCCUGCAUCCCUGAAUAGAAAUAAGAAGCAAAGAGGAAAGGUAGAAAGUAUUUUUACUAAGACAGGAUCAUUUUCAAAAAGAUAUGUGAGAGGCUGAUGUGAUUAAGGAGGCUGACGGUAAAGAAGGAGCUCAACAGAGGCUCAUCUGAUCCAGCAGUGGCCCAGAAACGUGUCCGUGAUUGGGGCUAGAAUUAAAGCCUCAGGCUGAUAUUGAUCCAACUGGAGUACCGGUCCAAUCCAUUAGAUCAGGACCAUGCUGGUAAAGGAAAGAGGCUCAGCUACAAACACUAUUGAUGAGGCUAAAGUUAGUCCUCUGCCUCUGUUGCAGUUGGAAGUUAGAUGCUGCUAACCUGCCUCAGUUGUGUAUUCCUUCUGUAACUUAACAACACACAGUAAUCACUCACAGGGAUUUAAAAUGGCUUCUGAAGAAUGACAGCUGAAUAGUCAGCCUUUGUGGUUAACAUGUCAUUCACAUUUUACACAAGUUAUAAUCCUUAAGAAUUUCAUCACAUCCAAUUCAAUAUUUGACACUAUUCAUGGCUGACAUUUAUUCUGCUGCCUAUAUGGAUUUACACUCGUUAGUUACCUUUCCUAUAGUAGUUUGCAUUGUCAGUGACAGAGUCCGCCAUUCUAUUUCAAAUGGUGCACGCGUGCACUAAGGAUUCAUGUCAGACAGUGCACACACAGGAUGGAAUUUAGAAGACCAAAGACUGUGCAUGCAUAUAUGUAUGUAAUAACAUGAAGCAGAAGAGCAGAGCAGCUGGUCCUGGGAAUUUUUAAAAGGAAACAUAUUUAUGUCAGACCUGGUUUAACCACAGAGACAUUGGCAAUGUAAACAGAUAUACAAGUUGCUCAUCUUCUUCUGUUGUAUUUCUGACAGAGUAGCUGCUCAAAGCUUGUUUCCUGCCCUAGCAGUCAAUACAGUUCUUACAAAACUGUAGGACUUGUAUCACUAAGACAUUCUUAGCUUUACCAUCAGUAACCACAGGUGUCGCUAAUUUAGUUCAAUUCAAAACACUUUGUUUGUCCCCUGGGGCCAACUUGUGGAGGCACGUAGUGUGGAUAACACAAUGUGAAAAUAAAUGGACAAAGCUACCACGAUGUCACCCAUUUGUUUGUCGACUCCCAUUUUGAAGCGUCGAGUUCAAUACUUCAGCUGCCGCCAUCUUGGGGUUUUUUUUGCCGGGAGUAACCACAUUUGGGUGAGAGGGUGAAGCUGUGAAGGAGUGAGGGGUGGAUCUGACAGAGAGGCCAAGGGCACUAUCAGCAGACAGCCUGUCACUCAAAGUGGCCCCGCCCUUAAUCAUGCGUAACUUGAGAAAACAUUUAGCUUCAUACAGUUGUCAUGAAGGGGAAAUUAGCUAUAGAGACCAAAACUGCUUUUUGUACCAGACUGUAAAUGUGUUUAUAUAUGCCGUAAAGUUGGGCAUUUUAACACGGGGGUCUAUGGGGACUGACUUGCUUCUGGAGUGGCCGUUAGAAGAACUGCAGGUUUUGGCACUUCCAUGUUGGCUUCAUUUUUCAGCCCUGGAGGUUGCAGACUGGUAAAAAUGCAAGCAUAGUUAUACUAGUAUAUUAUUCAGAUUAAAAAAUAUGCUGUACAAAUAAUAAUAAUAAUGAUCAAUCAGAAGUGAAGCUUUAAAGGUUAUAACUUUAAAUCUGGAUUUGCUUUUUGAUCAUCUUCUAGCUAACCACAAGAAAUCAGAUUAUUUAGAUUUUUCCUCUAAAUGGAGUCAGGUACAGUUUGAAAGUUCCAUAUUACGCCCUGCCUCUCAGUGUAGCAGCUUAUGGUGUAGGGCAGUGACACCAACAUGUUUAAAGCUUCAAAUACAUCUAUGAGUAUCAGAAUAUCCUCACUCUGUCCAGCUGCCAUCAAGCAACUCCCACAUGUGACCUGGAUCAGUGGUUUGUUAAAGUAAAAGCUCUGAGAUCUCAGAUGUGGAGCCUCCAGGUACAAUCGAAUCAAGAUAACCUGAACAUUAAGAUGUGUCUGGCCAGACUGAGGAUUAUAGGACCUGGUCAAGUUGCAGUCUGGAGAGUUAACAGCUCAGCAGUCCAACAAAUAAGGGUUUUCUUCCAUCAGAAAAAGCAUUUGUCUGGUUCUUCUCUUACUGGUUAUGGUCUUAAAUGAAAUUCCACUCAGUUCUAUUUUCCACAGCAACCCACCCACUAAAGUGUCAAACACUUAGGUGGGGAAAAAACUACAAGAUUCAGUGUGAUUUGCAAUUAAGCUCCCACCCACGUGCAGAUCAAGUGAACAGGGUGAAAAUCUCACAACGGCUUUUCUUCCCUGAUGUCAAAAAAUCUGUGCGACAACAGGGACUUUGUACAGCGCUUAAUGAGAUCACAUCAUCUGCUGGAUAUCUUGUAGUUGUUUCCCAACAUUUGUCGUGUUGUGUUGUUAGUGUGUAUACGUGUACAGCCGAUUGUCAAGUCUAUUUAAAUCAUUACCUGACUGGACAAUACCGAUGUUUGUGUACCAUAAUGUACAGACUGUGACUCCUGGAAACAGUGUUUGUUUUUGUUUUUUAGUGUCUUGUGAAUGAUUCAAUGUGAGUGGAUGAGGAAGUGCAACAAGAAAAUAGGGUAUCUAUAUAUUUGUGUAUGUACGCGAGGGUGUGUAUGAGUGUGUGUCCAUGCACAGGCUAUGGCUGCAUUUACACAGCACCAAACAUAAUCUGAUUUUUAACCAUUUUUGGCACAUAAAAACAAAAGGAGAGCCUGUUGUUUCCAUGUGGCUUCUCUUGUUUUUACAUGUGCUAUAAAGACUAAAACUCUGGAUUUGUUUGUAUGGUCUCUGUAAAUCCAGCACAUCAAGCAUGAGUUUUUAAGUUUUGGAUCAUUCGACCAUCGCUGAAUGUGUAUGGAAGACAACGCGGAUGUGAAAAGUAAUUUUCACUUUGACAAAAAAAAAAAAGAAACUCAAGUGCCUCUAUUUGUGUCCAGUGGGAAUUGCUCUAUUUAUUUAAGAACAAAGAAUUAAUCUAAAUGAUUUUCCAUACCAUAUUGGUAUAAAUAUGAGAUUGUUUUUCGUAAAAUCAAAUGUUUCCACAAGCUUUUUACUGGCGUUUAUGAUGACACCAGGGUUUGGCUUUAAGAAAAAUGUGUGAUUUAACGUGUCAAAUUUGCAUUAGUUGCUGGGGGGUUUUUUUCUUGAUGAUUUGAGCAAGUAUGAGUUUGUCUGAAAUGCCUGAAAAAUGUAAACCAUCGCAUGCAAUAAAUGAUAGCUUCAGACCAAGAACUACUUGUGUCCAUUUUGAAAAAGAAAAAAAAAAACAGUCAAUGUAUUUCUUGUUGCAUAGUCAUUUACAGUGUGAAUGUUCUACAUCACCUGAAAAUACAGAGCCGCUUUAAAUGCACAACACUAAAGUUAACAGUCUGAUGGAGGUAAUAAUGCUUAAGAUCAUCUUCACAGGAAAAGUUCCACAUUUUAGGAAAUGCACAUCUUGCAGAGAGUGAGAUGAGAUGAUUGAUACCACUGCCAUGUCUGUUGUCUAACUCUGAGGCUACAGCCAGCAGCUGGUCAGUAGUGAUGGCCAAAUGAAGCUUCAUGAACCAUUUACUUUACUUUCUCAGCCCACCAGGUGGCGCUCUCUGUUGAACAAAGGGUUGAAAGAACACUAAAUUGCCAUUCAACUUGCCAUACAACUAAGGGUUCACAAAGUUCAUUUGGAGCUCACUACUAUUGGAAACAGGAAACAGCUAGCUCGGUUUUGUCCAAAGGUAACAAAAUCCAUACAGUACGAGCAGCUAUAAGCUCACUAAUUAACAAAGUGUGUCUAGUUUGUUUUAUGGAAAUAAUUGGAUUAAUUAAAUAUGUUGAUGGUUUUUUUUACAAUGUGUAAAAAUGUGUACAGUGUGCACAGAAAGGUUAUUUUCAGUCAAAAAGUAACUACCAAGCUAACACUAACGCUAGUUGAAGCAUCAAGUAAUGGAGUGCUGCCAAGAAUGAGCCCUGGAAAUGAGUUAGCAUUUUACCACUCCAUUUCCCUAGUCUCGAAGUCAGUGUGUUUUUAUUUAGAUGCCUGAAAUGAGGUCUGUGGUUAACACAAGCUUAAGAGACUUUCACAGUUCAUUUUACGCCUUAAAACACGUCAGUAAAUACCCCACUUGUGAAUUUUGAAGCUUUCAUGUGUCUUAUAAAAGAUGGUUGCUAACAAGCGGCUAAAUGAGACUACAGAAUGUCAUCACGCUGAACACUACUUUAUAGUCUUGUUGUGGUGGCAAUGUUUAGUCAUGCGACUGUAGUGUAGUUCAUUUACAGCCUUAAGUUAGUUUUUUACAUCUGGUGAUUGAAUUCAGGCUUCAAAAAUCACAAAGUGCUGUUCAUUUGUCAAGAUUAUCUUGUUGAACAAAACUUGUAACUAUCAUAACCGUUUGUUAGCCAUUGAGCUUAUUAAUCUAAAACUAACUUUUUGACGAGGGAACCAGGGCGACACUGACUUCCGCAUCAGCCUCCAGAAAAACGUCAUCCUUAGAGCCCUUUAUAUCAGUGUGAAGCUGUAUCACAUAACCUGUUAGUUGUUGUUUCAGUAAUGAAUGAGUCUUCCUACAUUUUCUGUAAAAAAAGAAAUUGAUUAAAAUUGUGAAACAAGCUUAAAAAAAAAACGAUUUUAUAUUUUUGGCCAUAUCGCCCAGCCCUAGUUAGUUGCAUACGCACAAAAGCCAAAGCAUUAAAGGGUUAGGGUCAGGCAUUGUGACUUCACAGUACACUUUGGAUUGUGUAUGGAUUCAAAAAUAGAUGUAAUGUAUUAAUUAGUGGGCUUUUAAUUGUGCUAGUAGGUGGAUUUUCUAACCUUUGGACAAAGCCAAGCUAACAAUUUCCCUACUUCCAGUCUUUAUGCUAAGCUACACUACGCUAUCUGUCUGCUGAGUGUAUUUCCCAAAAUGUGAAAUUAUUCCUUUAAAAUGGACUCAUGGUUCUUCAUCUGAAAGCCUGAAAAUGUUUACUAUUUAACAUUUUGGAUAACAGUCCAAACUCCACUCCCUGCUGUUAAAUAAAAAAGCCUUUUAAAGGUUUUUUUUUUCUUUAUUUUAUUUAUUUUUUUGAAGUCGCAAAGCCAAAUUAGCAGUGUCCCAAUGAGCCAAUGAACUUCUACAACAGCCAACAAACAAAGCCCACAAACUGUUUCUGUUAGGCCUCAGUCGUUACCAGUCAAUAGUUGAUCCACAGUGUUGCUCAGUCCAAUUCAAUGAUGUUCGAUGUUGUUUUGUUUUAUGGUGAAACAGUGAUGUUGCUGUAUGGUUAUUGUUCAUUUCACACAAUGGUCCUUAUUUUGAUUAUAUGCAGCGGUACAAUAUAGUUAUACAAUAAUAUGCUGUAAAAUGUCAAAAACAUUGCAUUGGUGACAUCAUGGGGAACAUGGGGUUCAUCCCACUAUGCUACAUGUCACAUGACGGCUACGGUAAAUGUUGAACUCAUGCAACACUUCUGUUGACUAUAUGCAAUGUCAGUGUGUCGGUAUAUUCUGAGACAUUUCGGGCACAGACUGCCUCAGCAUGGCCUUUUAUUCUGCUGACAUCUUAUUAAAUAUCUCAUUAGCUCCUGUUACAUUAUCACAGUUGUCAACUUGUUUAUCAAAAGCAGCAGUGACAGAAACGACGUCGCUGUUGGUGUGAUUACAAUAGAGAGCUAAAUAGACUGAUUUAUUUUUUGACAACAGAUGGUUACAAGCCGAUAAUACAUUGAUAAUCUCUCCAGUAGUGAUGAGUGUCUCUAGUAUUUGUUUGCAUUUCAGAAAAUCACAGAUACACUUUGAUUGCUUAGAAAAAUUGCCAAAACUGCCUCAUACAGUAAAUGAACUAGCAGUAUUUAUCAGGAUAAGAGAGUUGUUUUUUCUUUUCUUCAAAUUCUUGUAAUCUACCAGAGAGCUGCUUUUUUCUUCCUGUUUUUUUUUUGUUUUUGUUUUUGUUCAUUUGAUUGUCCUCAGCUGUACCGUCAGAGUCAUUCAACAAUGUUAGAAAUAAGUAUCAGAAAGAGAUCAGUCUCUAUUUAUCCAAAACUUUAUCAUCUGUUGGGGUCACUGGAGGGAGACAUUAAUAGGCUGUCACUACCACACAGGUCAGUGCUACAGAAUAACUGCUAACAUGUUGCACUAUCUUUUAAAAUGUAUGCUUAAUUGUGUAGUAACUCUCAUUAGCUCCUUUCAAGUUACUACUGAGCAAAAUCUACCAAUGUUUUGGACAAUUCAUAUCUUUAGCUGUAAUAGAGCAAGCCUACAGCAGUUUGACAGCUAAGUUCUGCAAACAAUUUACUGUACAUCUGUGUUUAUUUAUUGCUCAGAACAAUACAUUUACAGGAGUAGUUCCUCAUUUUGGGAAAUAAAAGGAAAUCGAUAUCACUCUCAUGUCUGUGUGUUAUGUAUGGACCUAGCGCAAGGAGGUUGUUAGCCUAGCUUUGCAUAAAGACGGGAAACCGUGGCUGUAUAAAGAGAACUGGAUACAGUGUUGGAGGUGGGUUCAAAGUUUCAAAGUUGCUCAGUGGCACAUGAACCCAAAAUUUGACUUCCUGGGUAUAAAGGUAGCCGCAUAUUGUGCAUUGUUGGGCUCCAGCUUCAUAUUUAACAUACAGACAUGAGAGUGGUAUCAAACUUUUCUUAUUCUGAGAAAGAAAGCAAAUAAGCACAAUUUCUCUCAUAGAAACUUUGUAUUGUAGUUGAUACAAAAAUAUUGUAGAAGGUACUGCAGUAGUAAACAGAAAGUAGUGGCCAUACAGAGGUCAAAGCUACAAAUCAUCUUAAUGAAACCUUAUCAGUAGGUUAGUAAAAGAGAUUAUUUUUCAGCUAUCAUAACCAAGUGUAUUAGUUUUACAGUAAACAGGAAAACUCUAAAGCUGUAUCAUUUUACAAGUCAACCAGUAAUAUUCCCUCUGAAACCAUGCUAACCUCCACCAAGGUUGCUUUGAUGGUUUCACUCUCUCAUGUGCAGUUAUUUUGUAAUAGCUAUUAUUGUAACCCUCCUGGGACACAACACUGUUAAAUCAUGCAGGGAUUCAAAAUGGCCCAAAACAACCCAUAAACCAAGUUGUGUUGACUUUGAGCACUUUGGUGGUUUCAGUCCAUGUGUUCCCUGCAGUGGAGAACUGUCAGCUGGUCUCAGUGGUGAUGUAGAGGUCAGUUAACACCACAACUCUGAGUUUUGUCCAAACUAAUCUCUAAAAGUGCAAAAUGUAGCUGUUUUUAAACGAAGCACUUCCCCCAUCAGUGGGUCUGAUUUUCUCCAACAAAGACAGCCUUAAUCAUAAACUUGUACUGGUGAAUCUUAAUCUACUUUGCUUAUUACAAUUACACAACAGAAUCAAAUUUCAUGCGGCAUUAAUUGAUGUUGAAAUGCUGCAUGGUGCCUACUGUACACAGCGAGUGUUGGGCCUCCCAGUAGACGUUGGUGGUUGUGAGAGAGGCCGCAGCACGGUGCCUCUGACAGCCUGACAGAUCUCUGUGUGUGGCUCUGAUGUACAUCACAGGCUAAACGCAACAUUGUAAAGAUUUCUACAAACCCAACACGUGAGAACACAUCCGUUCAACAUGGAUCGCAUUGUAUUUUUAAAUGUGUUGCACAACUUCAGCUGUUUUUCUGUUUCUAUCAGUGCUAUCUUUGGGCCUUUUAUAUGGUUCUUUUUAUAAUGAAGUUGUUCUAUGUGAUGAUCAGAAGUUGUGAUGCAGUUCCAUUGUUUUUAAAUAUUUAAUGUCUCUAAAAUAUGGAUUAAAAUCUGUUUGAACCAGUGCUCCUGCUGCUCUUACUUGUGUCUUUUUUAAAAUGCCGUACUUUACUGGGCUGUAUAUGUCUUUUAUAAAGAUCUGGACUCAUGAUGAGCUUUUUCCAAGCACACAAUGUUUUUAAAUUCACAAGAAAACAAAACCUGUGCUCUCAUGUUGCAUUAGAAGGUUUGUUAUUCAGUAAAGGUAAAGAUAGAAAGCAGGGGGAAUGAGCUAAA